UCUUGGUUCUGUAUGUACUCGUUUCCCUUUACGAGAGGAGGAGAGUGUGAGAGGGGUGGGCUUCAGCGACUGUAUUAUAACGACCGAAUCACACUGAAUUAGCGUAACUUCAUGGCCAAGGUAAAUGCGGUAGACUUCCUGAACUUUUGACCAGUCGCCUCCAUCAGUAUUUCGCUUGGCACCCGGCGUCACCGCAGCGGUUGAAGAGCACAAGUGUUCGGCUGCUGAAUGUAGGCCAAAGGGCAUGAACAAAAGCGCAAUAACUGAUGACAUGGAAAUGCAGCAUGAUCCAGAUUUGCAGUUUAAACUGGCUUAUCCAGAUUCAGAAAGAAUCGACACAGGCAUUAAAACCCGAGCGAGAGGCCAGUGGUCCAGUAAAGUGGAGUUUAUCUUAGCUGUUGCUGGCCAGAUCAUUGGUUUGGGAAAUGUGUGGAGAUUUCCAUAUCUGUGUUACAAGAAUGGAGGAGGAGUGUUUUUCAUUCCAUAUGUGGUCUUUCUGUUUGCCUGCGGCAUUCCUCUUUUUCUUAUGGAGACUGCUUUGGGUCAGUACACCAGCCAAGGGUCUGUUACCUGUUGGAGGAAGAUCUGCCCACUAUUUGAAGGUCUGGGUUAUGGGAGUCAGGUGGUUGUCUUCUAUUCCAGUGCCUACUACAUCGUCAUUUUGGCCUGGGCUUUCUUCUAUCUCUUCUCUUCUUUUAGUGGUGAACUGCCAUGGGCUAGCUGCAGGAACUGGUGGAAUUCAGAAAACUGUGUUGAGUUUGACCGAAUAGGAGGGACAAGAAACCUGAGCUUUAUGGAGAAUGCAUCAUCACCUGUUAAAGAAUUUUGGGAGAGGCGAGUAUUGAAUAUAACUGGAAGUGUGAAUGAGCUGGGCAGUUUGAGAUGGGAGCUGGCUCUGUGUCUCCUUGCCCUUGUCUUUAUUUUUCAGGUUGUGUAUUUCACUGCUACAUUUCCAUAUGUUAUGCUGCUGGUGCUUCUGAUUCGAGGUCUUACGUUGCCUGGAGCCAUUGAUGGCAUCACCUUCUACCUCUACCCAAAUCCAGCACGCCUUACAGACCCACAGGUAUGGAUGGAUGCUGGAACACAAAUAUUUUACUCUUACGCUCUCUGCAUUGGGUGCCUUACAGCUUUGGGAAGCUACAAUAAAUACAACAACAACUGCUACAAAGAUUGUGUUUACCUGUGCCUGCUGAACAGCGGAACCAGUUUUGUAGCUGGCUUUGCCAUCUUUUCAGUUUUGGGCUUCAUGGCCUUCGAACAGGGGGUCGAUAUCUCAAUGGUAGCAGAGUCAGGUCCUGGCUUGGCCUUCAUUGCAUAUCCACGAGCUGUAGCUAUGAUGCCUCUGUCUCAGCUGUGGUCCAUAUGUUUCUUCCUCAUGAUUAUUCUGCUGGGGCUUGACAGUGAGUUUGUGGGUUUAGAGUCUCUCAUGACAGCCAUAACAGACAUGCACUCCAACUUCUUCCUCCAAGGACAUCGUCGUAAACUCUUCCUCCUCCUCAUUUGUGUGGGCUGCUUCCUCGUUGGCCUCCUGAUGGUAACCGAGGGUGGCCUGUAUAUCUUCCAAUUAUUUGAUUACUAUUCCUGCAGUGGAAUGACCCUCCUCCUAUUUGCCAUUGCACAGUCAAUAUGUAUUGGCUGGUUUUAUGGUGCUGAUCGUCUGUAUGAAAAUAUUGUAGACAUGAUCGGUUAUCGUCCUUUGACAAUAAUGAAAUACAGUUGGAAAUAUAUCACUCCUAUUGUGUGUAUAGGCACAUUUGUCUUCUCUUUGGUCAAAUUCACUCCUCUGAAGUUUAACAACACAUUUGAAUACCCAUGGUGGGGUUAUGCUGUUGGCUGGUGGUUUACCCUCUCCUCGACAUUGAUGGUUCCCAUAUGGAUGAUCUAUGUCAUCCUUAUCACUCCUGGUACACUGAAACAGAGACUGCGUGUCCUUUGCACUCCAGCAAGCGAUCUACCUUUGACAUCGGAAAGACGAAAAGAAACCCUGUGACCCCAACAGACAGUACAACAUGUCCCAUGACUGAUAGAGAAACAUUGGGGGACCAAAAACAUCCUUGGGCUGUAUUUUGGACAACUUUUGAUAUCAUUAAUGCCUUUGAAGGUACACAUUCUCGUGAGAUCUCAAGAAAGCACAAACACACACUGUACAUGACUGUUUUAUAAGUUAUUGAAUUUUCCUAUCUUAUAUUCUCAAUUGCAAGCAACUAAAUGUGGAUUUAAACUGGAAAUGAAAAAUAUAAGCUCAACUUCCAUGUUCGGCUGUAUCUGAGGAAAACUCAGUUUGACGUCAUUCUUAAGUGUGCUAGCAUCAACAACUUACUGUAUCAUAAACAUUCACAAGAUAUCAGUUCUUCUGAAGAAGAUAGCAAAAAAAACUUCUUUUUUUUAUCAUGAGGGAGUGGACCGGCCCCAUUUUGGAUGGACCAAUGUUCAUUACAGUUGGUAUAAGAUUAGAAAAUGUUGGAUAAUGUGUUAACCUUCAGUUAGAGAGAUGAACAUUUAGUUCAUUUCUUAUCCAAAUUUGGAAUGUAACAGUAUUUUAGAAUAGUAACUUUAUUUUUACAUUUUUAUGGGUCAAUCAUGCAACACUUGGCUGUUUUGUGCCUAUAGUCAAGUGCUGGUGUUUUAAGAAAGUGUUACAGAAAGUAAAUUAUGUUGGGUUUUAUUUUGUAAUAGAUUCAAGAGAAAAGAUCCAUCAAGAAAAUAGAUCCAUAUUUUGCUACUUAAAUCUGCUUAGAUGUACAGUCUGUAUUCUAUAUUCUACAAACUAUGUUUUUAGUAAAAUGCAUAAUUUAAGGGAAUAGCUAUAGAUCAUUUAAGCUUAUGUACAUUUGUAUAACUGAUGCUCUAGAAAGGCCAGUGGUUAAUGUUCUAAUAAAUGCUCUGUUCAAAUCAACAGUCAAAUGAUUGCUGGUUGAAAUAUGUUGGUGACAGCAGCUUGUUUUUGCUUUUAGAGAUUGUUCUGAAGCAUCCAAGCAAAUAUUAAACAACUAGGUAAAAGGUGAAAGAAGGUUGAGUUUUGAAUUCUUGGAAUAAAGUUGUUGGAGAAUAACGUUAGACACGAUUGCUGUCAGGCAUCACAGACUGCCAGUUGUAUACUGUACUGCUGUUUUACUGAGGUGUCUCAAUGUGAUUUAUUAAUAUAAAUAAUUAAAAGUGUAGUUGACAUGAUGACAGUCAAUGAAAAUCCUACAUUUGAACUGCCACUUCAUUUGCAUGACCACAGGAGAUUAAAGUUAUAUGCAGAUUAACGGGAAAAAACUAAAUCUGAGUAUAUAUCAUGAUAGUGGUGGAUGGUAGAGUUUAACUUUGAAACUUUUUAUCAUUUACAAAAAUGAAAAGCCAGUGAUGAUGCUCUUCUUUAGUCUACAACUGGGUUAAAGGAUUAAGACCUCCAUUUGCAAAUAGACACUCUGGCCAAAAAGGCCACCCAAACACUGUUUGGCAGAGGAUGAAAGAGCAGAAUGUUUGCACUGCUAAACAUUGUGUUCCGGGGAAUAGAGGGGAAUGGAUUUCUUGUGAUAUGGAUUUGUAAAGUGAGCCAAUUACAAUGUAGUUUCAUUUGUGAAUUAUGUCUGUACACAUUUUGUUGCUCUUGCACACAGUUUGGUUUCUAAAGCAGAAUAUUAUAUAUGAGUAAUGAAAUGCCAAAGUGAUUUAAUAAACAGAACAUUUCGACACUAUUUGCUAAAGUGGUUAUUUUGAAAUAAGUAUUUACUUAAAUCGUACAAAAAUUUUUGCAAAUUAAUUUCAAAUUUAAUUUGCAUAUAGUGACAAUUCUUUGACAUUUAACUAUUGCCACUAUAUUUACACAACAUCACUUAGUUUUUCCAGAGGCCUUUUGUCCCAGAUGUGGGGUAAAAGGUCCCUCUAGCUGCCUCUAUGAUAAACUUCUUUUACCAUUACCAUAAAAAUAGUUUCAAAUCUCACACACACAUACAGUAUAUAUAUAUUUUUUUUUUUUCUGAAAUAGGACCUUUUGUCUUUCUUGUACCCUUUGUAAUAAUUUUAUGUUCUAAGACACAAAUAACUGUUCACAGUUAAUGCAACUGAUAUAUGGAGUGAAUGAUAUGUUUACUCUUAGUUUGGUGUUGGUGUGAAUUUUUUCAUGUUUUUUAAAUAAGUCUCUUAUUCUCACCAAAGCUGCA